GAAAUAGGAAUUGGUCUGGCAGGCUUCGGCUUCUCGUUCAUAUUUCUCGGCAUUUUAUUAUUCUUUGACAGAGGUCUUCUAGCAAUAGGCAAUGUGCUUUUUAUAUCCGGCCUGACAUUGGUAGUAGGUGUUGAAAGAGUUUUCAGGUUUUUCUUCCAAUCACAUAAAAUGAAGGCAACCUCAUUUUUUCUCGGGGGCAUAAUAAUUGUCCUAAUCGGAUGGCCUUUUGUUGGAAUAGUAGUGGAACUUUAUGGUUUCAUCUUAUUGUUUGGAAACAAGACAUACACAACAACAUCAAUACAAUGUCAGCACAAAAUUUUAAAAAUUAACACUUGCAGUGGCUUCCUGCCUAUAGCUGUAAACUUUCUGCGAAGGGUUCCUAUCAUCAGCAUGUUUCUCAACUUUCCUGGAAUUAGCUAUGUU